AGCGGAACAAGUGGACCACAACACCGGGGCUCUCACUUUUUGGCCACGUAUUUAGCCUGAAUUUCUCAAAGUCUCCGAUCAUCCAAGUGUCGAAGCUAAGUCAGGUUCGAGAUGCAGUUCAUGUUGUUGUUCAGCAGGCAGGGAAAGCUGCGGCUGCAGAAGUGGUAUGUGCCUCUGUCUGACAAAGAGAGGAAGAAGAUCUCUAGAGACCUAGUCCAGACCAUACUGGCACGUAAGCCUAAGAUGUGCAGCUUUUUGGAGUGGCGUGACCUCAAGAUUGUCUACAAAAGAUAUGCUAGCCUGUAUUUCUGCUGUGCAGUGGAGGACCAGGAUAAUGAGCUGAUCACCCUGGAGAUCAUCCAUAGAUAUGUGGAGCUGCUCGAUAAAUACUUUGGAAGUGUGUGUGAGCUGGAUAUCAUCUUCAACUUUGAGAAGGCCUACUUCAUUCUGGAUGAGUUCCUGCUGGGAGGAGAGGCCCAGGAGACGUCCAAGAAGAAUGUGCUGAAGGCAAUUGAGCAGGCCGACCUGCUGCAGGAGGAAGCUGAGGCACCACGGAGUGUUCUAGAAGAAAUUGGACUGACAUAGAUCAGUCCUGCCAGCAUAACUGCUCCCAGCUUUGCUCCUUUUCCCAGACGUAGCUCUAGCUUCCUCCAUGUCUGUUGUCUCCUCCAUUUACUGUGUACAAGAAUUGUAUGUGUGGAAUCACAGUCCAUGUACUGUACUUUUAUGCAUUGUCAUAUGUUGUGCCAACUGUGGUGUUAAUGUCUCACCUCUAUCUACGGCUCUUUUCUGCAGUAGCUUGUCUUCAGAACACUCCUAAAAUUGAAAACUCCAAUGGAUUACUAUGUAGCAAUGACAUUAACAUUAAAACUCCAUUACGAUGUAAAGUUAUGCUUACCGAUGUCAGAGAUGUGCGUGGUGCAGUUUACAAGUCAGACUUAAAAUGAAAGUUUUAUCUAGAGUAUUUCUAAUUUUGUGAGGUGAUAAAAGGUCUUUAAAUGUGCUGUUGUGGGAAUCACCCAUGUAAUCAUAAAAAUACAUUUACAGAAACAUAUCUCGAACUUGCCAAACAAAUUAUAGUCGAAGCCAAUGCUUAGCUUCUUUAUCUUUUAAGUUUUUGGUGUACUUGGUGAUUCCCCAUUACUAUGAAUUGUAUGUUUUGCAUUUAAGUUGUUUGCCUUUGCUAUGUUUUUUUUUCUUCAUGAUUGGACAGUCAUUGUUAGAAAUAUAAUAUGGUAGUGCUAUUUUUUUACUUUUAUUUUCACAACAGAGAUUUGGGAAAUACAGUUAAAAUUGUAUGACCUUGAGGGGAACCUUACGUUUGUCAAGAUUGCAAUGACAAAUUAGACAGUAACGCUACAAAAAAAUAUCUGUGUAUUAUUCAUGUUUGAGCCAAUUCUUUAUCAAUAUGACCAAAGAACACUGUGUUAACGCUUUUAGUGGACUACAGAUGGAUGCCUUGGCACAUGAUAAAAGUGAUUUAGAGCUACCUAACACAACUGAUUUUCAUUUGAGCAGUGUUGAGAUUGUCAUGGGAUUUUGGUUCAGUAUUACAGACUAAUAAAUUUAAAAAAUUAAAUUCAUUCCAAGACUUAUAUGGGAUGUAAAAACUUUAAAUUCUUUACAACUGACAAGAGGACCUAUGCUUACAGGGAUAUGUUAUAAAUAUACAGUAAUUGCCUGCAUGCUCAUUUAUCUGCAGGAUGUAGUUUAAGUUGAAAGUUUACAUACACUUUAGCCCAAUACAUUUAAACUCGGAUUUUCACAAUUCUUGAUAUUUAAUCCUCGUAAACAUUCCCUUACUUAGGUCAGUUAGGAUCACUACUUUAUUUUAAGAAUGUGAAAUGUCAGAAUAAUAGUUGAGAGAAUGAUUUAUUUCAGCUUUUAUUUACAUUCCUAGUGCAUCACAACAGUGGCGCCAGCAGCCGUAACCCUGUACACACCGUGCGCUAUUAGCCAGUGACAUUAACACCAAUCAUCGGCCUUCAAAUGUAUUUGCGCCAAAAACACAAAAAAAACACAAAAA